AAACGUUGUAGGAACACGGCCGUCCGGCAUGGGAGGCCAUUUUAGCCUUGCCACUUGGUGUCACUUGGCUUUCAUCAGUCUCCCCGCGCCCACAGUGGCCUCCUCCAUGCUCUCGCCGCCCCGCCCCCCGACACCGGAAUUAACCCCGGAUUCAGACGUGUCCCAGGGUACCCUGAAAGCGUUUAUUUGGUGGUUCCGCGAAGCCCCAAAGGCCUCAGCUGGAGAGAGGCGCUUCCAUGAACCGGAGCCCUCGACGUGACAUCUCGAUGCUCCAGAUUAUUUAAUUCGUCACUAAAUACGCCCAAAGCCACGAGUAGUUUCUAAGUAUAAUUUAAUUCUAAUUUCUCAAGUAAAUGCCUGGCGUUGCCCUGGUAUUGCCAGACACACAAGUGUGAAGCUCUUGUGUAGUUCCAUUUCACCCAUCUUCACUGGAUUUACACCUCGGCAGAACCAAUCGGCAGCACCCGAGGUCGUUUCAGCGUCACUGUCUACCUGUGCGAAUGCGACCCGUCCACAGGUGCUGAGAGGAUCCGAGAUUUGCUUCUACAUCUGCCUCUUGGGAGAGGUAAUUUCAUGUUCCCAAAAUGGGACAUAAAGUGGUUGUAUUCGACAUUUCUGUCGUCAGAGCCAUGUGGGAAACUCGUGUCAAGAAGCACAAAGCUUGGCAGAAGAAGGAGGCAGAAAGGCUCGAGAAAAGUGCACUGGAAAAGAUAAAGGAGGAGUGGAAUUUCGUGGCCGAGUGCAGGAGGAAGGGCAUCCCCCAGGCUGCGUACUGCAAGAAUGGCUUCGUAGACACCAGCGUGAGGCUCCUGGAAAAGAUCGAAAGGAACUCGCUCGCGAGGCAGAGUUCCCUUUCCAAGGAGAGGGACAAACGGAGCAGCCCGUUUGUGUUUGAACUUUCGGGGGAGCACUGGAAGGAGCUCCCAGAUGAGCUGAAGGAGCAGACGCACCUGAAAGAAUGGCACAUAAACAAUACCCUGAUUCAAAUCAUUCCUACGUAUAUUGAGCUGUUCCAAGCGAUGAGAAUUCUGGAUCUGCCUCAAAACCAAAUAUCCCGUCUUCCAGCUGAAAUUGGUCGUUUGAAGAACCUGAAAGAACUCAAUGUGAGUUUCAACUGUCUGAAGAGCAUUCCUCUAGAACUGGGCGAUUGUGAACAGCUAGAGAAACUGGAUUGUUCUGGAAAUCUAGAAUUAACGGAGCUCCCCUUUGAAUUAAGUAAUUUGAAGCAAGUUACAUUUGUAGAUAUCUCAGCAAACAAGUUUUCCAGUGUCCCGAUCUGUGUCCUGCGGAUGUCUAAUUUGCAGUGGCUGGACAUCAGCAACAAUAACCUGAAUGACCUGCCACAAGAUAUAGACAGGCUAGAAGAACUGCAGACCUUUCUCUUGUAUAAGAACAAGUUGACCUAUCUUCCCUAUGUCUUGCUUAACCUAAAGAAGCUCACCUUACUGGUCGUCAGCGGGGACCAUCUGGUGGAGCUCCCGACAGCCCUUUGUGAGUCAACCACUUUAAAAUUUGUCAGCCUUAAGGACAAUCCUAUUGAUAAUACCCAGUGUCAAGAUGGUGAUGAAGUGAUGGAAAGUGAACGAGAUCGUCAACACUUUGAUAAAGAAUUUAUGAAAGCCUAUAUUGAAGAUAUUAAAGAAAGAGAUUCGGUUCCCAGCUAUACCACCAAAGUAUCUUUUAGCCUUCAGCUUUGAUACCAUCCAUCAGAAGCCUGCAGAAUCUCGCUACCCUGUGGAGCUGUAAAUCUUCACAUUGUGGGUCGUGUCAUGUAGAAAUAAUGGCUUGUGCUUAAGGACAGAGUCUAGAAACCAUGGUGAUAGUUGUUAGCAAAAAUGAUUUUCAAAUUUCAGAUAUAUGAAUACCUCUCUCUGUGGACUGGAGAAUUGAUAAAUGGGUUUAUAUAUUGAUAUUUACAGGUUCAUUUGUAUACACUUCUUUCCAAAUAAUACACAUUUAUAUUUUAGAAAAUAUAUUAUUUUUUUAAAUUAUAACUUAAAGACCAAAUUCUGAAGUUGAUUGCAUUGUUUUCAGGAAUCAAGGGAUAAACGGGUUGUGAAAAGAGCAUUUAUAUUGGACUAGUCAGAUGAGAGUUUAUUUUAUUUUGUUAUUUUGGAAGAGUUUUAAUGCAUUAUUCCUUUAACAAGAAUAAUUUUCCUUGAGCUUAUACAAACUGCUAGUUCCAUAUAUUUUAAAUUAUAUUUUGCAAGUGUAGGCUCUCAGGAGAUACUUUAGGUGUAAUCUGGUCCUUGAAGGUAGAAAGAAGGGCUGGAAUGUCUGCCUGUGCAUUGGGCACGAGGCGCUCAGAUGGUGCGCUGGUAGCCCUAGUGGAGGAAGUGUGGGCCUGGCUGGUCAUGGGAAGCCUUGCAGGGCCUGCAUGGCUGGUCAUCCUGCCCUGAAUGGGCACCUUGGGGGUCCCGGGACCCACCUGAGAGCAGGGAGCAGAGGCCAUGCCCUUUUGGACCCCUCCUCUAAGUUGGCCAUAUAGGAUAGUGGAGAUGACCAGUCUACAUUGAUGAGGAGUGGCCUAGCUUCUUCAUGGCUACCACAGGAGGACUCUGCCUAUGGCCAAGAUGCUGUGGUCCAGAGGGAGCUCACGAGACUGUAUUUAAAUUGGCAAAGAU